AUGCGCUUCUCCGUUGUCUCCAUCUUUACCAUCGUCGCAGCACUUGCUGAAGCGCAGCAAUGCACACCCGGCCGUUACCAAUGCAGGUGA